GGGCCGCAUAUUCCGUGCACGCGUGGCGACCAAUCCAGCCCGGUGGCCCUUAGGGUGCAAGGCGUGUUCGAUUUAGUCCGGCUGGCUUUAAGGGUUUUAAAACCCUUUAAGGGUUUCGGGCGGCCCUCGCAGAGCCGUGGGUAGCCACUUCUCAAGUGCGGAAUGUUGCUUCUGGCGUUCGGCGGCCCGCUGGCGGCUGGACCGCUCCUGGGCAGAAAGAGGGCGGUGUUGUGGGUGGCCACUUCGCUCCCAGGCCUCAGGGCGUCUGUCUCCCGGACAGCCUUCUGCAACACCUCCUUCGGGCCGGUCGGCGGCAGGAGCGCUGGGCUGCGGGCAGCCGUGCCGCAUUUCCAGCGUCCCGUGCUUUUGCAGAUACCACUUCGUUGGGAAAGAUGUGUUCAAGGCUUACAUACACAAGUUGAAAAAUCAGAAGAUGAAAGGCUGAUUUAUACUGGGAAUCUGGCCCGAACAGUAUUUGGUGUGAAAUGUUUCUCUUAUUCUACAAGCAUGAUCAGCCUUGCAUUUCUACCAUACAUUUUUGCACAAAAUAAUAUUGUAUUUGGAAGUCUGCCGUUGCAAAUCUUAUUUUAUGGCAUCAUAGGAAGCUUUACAGUGAUCACUCCAGUACUGCUUCACUUUGUUACAAAAGGCUAUGUCAUUCGAUUGUACCAUGAGGCCACAACAGACACUUACAAAGCCAUUACUUAUAAUGUUGUGCUUUCAGAAACAAGUACAGUGUUUCAUCAGAGUGACGUGAAGAUUCCUAAUAGUGCACAUGUAUUUACCACAUUUUAUGCUAAAACAAAGUCACUGUUAGUUAAUCCAAGUCUCUUUCUAAAUCCCAAGGACUAUGACCAUCUUAUGGGUUAUGACAAACCGUUCACUUUUGAUAUGGAAGAAAUCAGUGAAAAGAAAGAGCUUAAAGAUGAGAAAUGAGUCUACUGUUUUUUAUAUUUGUGUUUAAAUGUGAUUUAGUUUCCCACAUGUAAUAAAAUUGUCUUUUUGUUUUCUGUUA